AUGGCAACCGGAGGUGAUGGCCGACGAUCCGUGACUGGCGUUCGGUGGCUGACGCUGGGCUUCCUGACGACGAUGGUGGCAUGCCCCGGUGCCAGUGCGUCCUACUCCGAUACGGACGAUCUAAUCAACGAGCUCGAUCGACCGAUUCCCAUCACGACCGUCAGUGGAGUGCUGGGCAAGCAGGCCAGCCUGCCCUGCGACAUAACGCCGCUCGAGCGGGACGAUGCCGUGUACAUGGUGCUGUGGUUCAAGGAGGACGACAACGAACCGCUCUACAACUUCGACGUGCGCGGCCGCCAGGUGGCCCAGGCUCGGCUUUCCUCCUCCGAGAAGUACUUCGGCAAGCGGGCCUUCUUUCGGGCCACCACCCACCCGGCACAGCUGCUGGUCGACGAGAUUAAGCUGUCGGAUGAGGGCAUGUACCGGUGCCGGGUGGACUUUCGCAACUCGCCCACGAGGAAUCUCAAAAUUAACUUCACCGUCAUAGUGCUACCGGAUUGGCCCAUUAUCUAUGAUUCGCGACGCCGGGAAAAGGCCAACACGGUCGAACCGUACAGCGAGGGCAGCGAUAUCGCACUGAUAUGCGAGGUGAAAGGAGGACGACCGCGACCGAACGUUACCUGGUACCUGGACAACAGCGUCAUCGAUGAAUCGUUUGAAACGCGCCCGGACGGAACGACGGUCAAUCAUCUGUCCUACCCAAACAUUGGUCGGCAGCAUCUGGACGCACGGCUCAUGUGUGUCGCGAGUAAUACCAACCUGACGCCGCCCAACAACAAAGUGGUUGUGCUGGACGUUAACCUCAAACCGGUGGCCGUACACAUCAUGGCCAAGGAGAAGUUUGUCUCCGCGGACAAGCGGUACGAGAUCGAGUGCAAGAGUUCCGGGUCACGGCCGGAGGCGGUCAUUUCGUGGUGGAAAGGCACUCGGAUGUUGAAGCGGAUGACGAAGAAUUUUUCCGACAACGGCAACCAAUCGCUCAGCGUUAUAUCGUACACGCCGACGGUGGACGACGAUGGCAAAUAUUUGACUUGCCGGGCCGAGAACCCGCUCAUCCCGGACAGCGCAAUCGAGGACAAGUGGCGACUGGUGGUGCAUUACAUGCCGAUAGUGACGCUCAAGAUGGGUUCAUCCCUUAACCCGGACGACAUCAAGGAGGGCGACGACAUCUACUUCGACUGCCACAUCCAAUCGAACCCGAAACCGUACAAACUGGCCUGGUAUCACAACAUGAUACGCCGAGAACAACAAGGAAAUAGUCAAUUUGGUUCCAUAAACAAAAACUAG